CGAACCCUCGGCUGCUUCAGGCAUAUCUGACUAUCAGAGAGCUCCGAGACAAACACAGAAACUAAACUCCUUGAAAAUGUACACACGGUCAAACAGCGUGACUAUGACUGUUCGGCAGGAGAGCUUCGCCUUCUCCAGGAUGGCGACGCGCAGCACGGAGCCCGAGGUCUUCACCUUCGAGCGGAUACCGGCUCAGGCCACCGCCGUGCGCUCCUUCGUGCCCAUCCGGCCGAAGAAGCGCUGCACCCGGGUUAUGUACCCCGCUAAAGUCCGCAUGCACCUUCCCCCGCCGGAGAAGAGCCAGGCCAAGCGCUGGCUGGUGAUCCUGUGCCUGGUGGUGCUGUGGCAGAUCUACACCGAGGAGCCCUGCGCCGAGACUCCGCUGAGCGGCGCGGACAGCCCGAUCGGCGACUACCAGGGUUUCUCCUUCCAGUCAGCGGAGGAGCAGGCGAGGCAGCUGUCAGACCUCAGCCCCGGCUCCGAGCUGCUGUCAGCGACCCACAACAACUGCGAGGACAACGGCUCAUCCAGCGACCAGGUCCCGAACACCACCUGCACCAAGCCCGGCCAGGACACAGAGAGCAGCCGCUCCUACGAGCAGAGUGCCGGGAAAAGCUACAUGGUGGCUCUGCUGGUCUACCACAGACUGGGCAGCGACAACUAAGAGCAACGGGACUGGUUUAACUACAAACCGCCCGACUCUGGGCUCCCUGGACCGAACAUGAGCCGAGCUGGAGCUGAUCCUGAGAUGCAUCUGGAGAACAGCGGUGUGCCCCGCGCGGCGCAGCCGGGAAGGGAGCUCCAGGCGCCGGCUUCACCCUGCCAGCAGUCCCCCUGAGAGCAGCGGAGGACGCACAGUCUGGAAUGGGACACUUGAAAGAAAGAAAGAAAGAAAGAACUGUGAACGCCUGCAAAGAACUGAAACUUGAACUAAAGAAAACUUGAACUCUUGUGUGAUUUACACAUAGACUCUAACUGCACUUAUAGGCCUGCGAUCAACUGGAUGUUUUACAAGUUUAACUUUGUCACGAAAAACACUUGUGUAGGCCAAUGAGCUGAAACUGACACUGUCUGUUGUUGUGUGAAUGUCUUAUUUAGUUAUUUAUUCUAUUUGCUAUUUAUUGAAUAAUUUUAAUAAAAAAAUGUCUAAAAGAA